AUUUCUCUACCGCCGCGAAUAUUCCAGGACGCAACAAUUGUAGCUAUGUGAAUUUUUUUGCUAAUGCGCGACCCGACGACCCAACUUGGCUAGAUCAUUAGGUAAAUAUUUUGAAAAAAAAAGGAGCCGAAGCGUCGUCUCCUUCAAUUCUGAAAUUGCUCGGGCAAAAUUUUUAGGGUUUUGCUUUCGAAAUGUUCUCUGUUUAGUGCAAGAUCUCUCUUCACAAAAAGAUUAUUCUCAUCAGCUAUCUCUUAAUAUAUCUGUGAGAUUUGAAUGUCAUCAAAAGUAGGCUCCAUUUUCUUCUUAUGUUGGUUCUUCGCUGAAAAUUUUGGAGACAAUUUUGGAGAAAAGUUUUAUUUGCUGAAAAUCCUAAACUUUGGGAAAUAGUUGUGAUUUUUUUUUAAAGGAGCACCAACUAAAAUAGUCGGGCCGAGUCGUUAGGUCGCUCAUUAGUAAAAGAAGUCACGCAACUGCACAUAAUAUAUUAAACGAAAAAAAUGUGUCACCUUUGGAUUGGAGUCUAGCUGUAGUGCUACGUCCAGACUCCGCACCAAAUAAUUUCUCCAACUUUAGAAGGAAAAUUCAGAUUUUUUUUUGUUGAUAAGAGAAGAUAGAUAAAAGUUCAUAUUUGAACUAAUUUGAACCAAUUUCUAAGGGCUUCAACUUCAAGAAACAUUUUAUGAAUAUAAAAGAGCAAAAAUAAUCUCUCUCUCUAUAUAUAUUAUUGAGGCAUAAAAAAUUAAAUUUCGUCAAAUUUAAACUAAUAAACUCCUAUAAGAAAUAAUUAGUGGUAAAAAACUUGGAAGGCAAUGGAAGAAUUAGUGCGUUUAAUCCAAAUGUUUUACAUGAAUCCCAAGAUUGAUAAGAUUUUCAAACUAAUAAUUACCUUGCUUGCCCUGGAUCAGUAGCCACUCGUUUCAAGGCCACGCAGCGAGCUAAGUGACAUGUUACCAACCACUAACUGCUCGACGAAAUUUCGCAAAGAAACCUUGCUUCCCCACUCUCCGCCUCGGUGGAAGCCAUCAUGGCCACCUACGACAGGAAAAGCGAGAUAAAGGCCUUCGACGACACAAAAGCCGGCGUUAAAGGCCUCGUAGACGCCGGCGUUACCGAAAUCCCUCGGUUCUUCCACCGCCUGCCCGACGCUAAUGAUGGGCCAGAUCCGACCUCUGUUACCCAUCCCGAGAUUCCAGUCAUCGAUCUACAAGACACGGCGGGGCGGGAGAGGGUGGUGGAGCUCGUGAGACGGGCGUCAGAGACGUUUGGUUUCUUCCAGGUGUUGAAUCAUGGGGUUCCUCAGGCUGUGAUGGACGAGAUGCUGGAAGGAGUGAGGAGGUUUAACGAGCAGGAUUUGAACGUGAAGAUGCGAUAUUACACACGCGAUCAGAGUAAAACCGUGCUUUUUAAUUGUAACUUCGAUUUGUACGAAUCUCCGGUGGCGAAUUGGAGGGAUACCCUUUUCUGCGCGAUGGCGCCGGAGCCGGCCGCUAAGCCGGAGGACCUGCCGGAAGCUUGCAGAGAGAUAAUUAUGGAAUACACAAGACAGAUCCAGAGAUUAGGGCAUCUUCUAUUUGAACUACUAUCAGAGGGACUUGGCCUAGAUGCUCAGUAUUUAAAUGAUCUGGAAUGUGGCAAAGGAUUGGCUCAUUUGAGCCAUUAUUAUCCACCUUGUCCUGAGCCAGAGCUCGCUCUUGGCACAAGCAAACAUGCAGAUCCAGACUUCCUAACUAUUCUUCUUCAAGAUACCAUUGGUGGCUUACAAGUUCUUCAUCAAAAUCAGUGGAUUGAUGUCCCUCCCAUUUCUGGAGCUUUUGUUGUUAAUAUUGGUGAUCUAUUACAGCUUAUCACUAAUGAUAAAUUCAAGAGUGUUGAGCAUAGAGUACAAACAAGCAAGAUUGGUCCAAGAGUUUCUGUUGCCUGUUUCUUCACCACACACUUCUAUCCAUUGGAAAGGCGUUAUGGUCCAAUAAAGAAGCUGUUAUCAGAGACAAAUCUUCCUAAAUACAAAGAUAUUACUGUAAGAGAAUAUGUCACUCUUUAUAACUCAAAAGGACUAAAUGGUAAAUCUUCAUUGGACAAUUUUAGGCUAUGAUCAAUUAUUAGAUUUGUGAUUUAUGUAUGUGAUAAUGUGGAGGUUAUAAUAAACUUAUGGAAUGCUUAAUAUUUUAUGAGUU